CAAGGGGGUGCCAUGGACCCAUGGGUGCUGCUCGUCCUCUUGGGUGCUGCGCUGCCCCACAGCCGCUGCUCCAUGGUGGACGUGGACGCGGCGCUCGUCUUCCGCGGCGACCCCAAUGGGGCCUUCGGCCACGCCGUGGCCCAGUUCGGCACCAGCGACGAUGGAUGGCUCCUGGUAGGGGCCCCAUUGGAGCGCGGCGCAAGAGGGAGCAUCCAUCGGUGCCGGUACCGCACCGGGACGUGCCAAGAGGUGCCCAUUAGGGGACCUCCCGGUGCCGUCAACGCAUCCUUGGGGUUGGCCUUGAGCGCUGGGAACAAGGGGGCCCUGGCCUGUGGCCCCACGCUGCCCCACACUUGUGGGGAGAACAUCCACCUCAAUGGCUUCUGCGCCCUCCUGGACACCAACCUCCAGCAGCUCCAGCUCAUCCCAAUGACCCAACCAGAGUGUCCCAAGCGCGCCACGGACGUGGCUCUCCUCAUGGAUGGCUCCGGAAGCAUCAAGGCCAAGGAAUUCCAGACCAUGAAGACCUUCAUUGGGGAGGUCAUGAAGCACUUCAAGGGCACCGACACGCAGUUUGCCCUCUCCCAGUUCUCCAGCAUCGUCCUCCCGCACUUUGACUUCAACACCUUCCGGAGCGCCCCGGACCCCAUAGCACUUGUGGGGAAGGUCCAGCAGCUCAGGGGGUCCACCCAUACGGCCACUGCCAUCUGGACCGCGCUGACCCAGAUGUUCACAGCGGGGAGGGGAGCCCGGGAAGAUGCCACCAAGGUGCUGAUCGUGGUGACGGAUGGGAGGAAGUUCGAUGAUAGGAUGGAAUAUGAGGACGUCAUCCCAUUGGCCGAGAGGAUGGGGGUGACGCGCUACGCCAUUGGGGUGGGCAGCGCCUUCCACCUCCCAGCGGCCGUGGCCGAGCUCCAGUCCAUCGCCUCCCGGCCCCCCGAGGACCACGUCUUCCGCGUCGACAACUUCGAGGCCCUCCGGGGCAUCCAGAGCCAGCUCCAGGACCGGAUCUUCUCCCUCGAGGGCACCGCCACCGCCCACGCCAGCGCCUUCCAGCUCGAGAUGGCCCAGGAGGGCUUCAGCGCCCUCCUCACCCCGGAUGGACCCAUCCUGGGUGCUGUGGGUGCCUACUCCUGGGCCGGAGGCGCCUUUUCCUAUGGGGCCAAUGGGGCAGCCGCGUUCCUCAACGCCUCUGGGGUCCCCAGUGAUUCCUACCUGGGGUACGUGAUGGAGCCCCUGUCUCUUCCAUGGGGCCGGGCGCUGGCGCUCGGGGCCCCCCGGUCCAACCACGUUGGCCGCGUCCUCCUGCUCCAGCCCCAUAGCGGGGAGGUGCUGGGCCAGGCCAUGGGGACACAGGUGGGCUCCUACUUUGGGGCCUCCCUCUGCUCCCUAGACCCCGAUGGGGAUGGGCUGGACAACGUGGUGCUGGUGGGAGCCCCCAUGUUCUAUGGGGCCAACAGCGGCGGCCGCGUGGUCGUCUGCAGCCUCCGGACCAAGGGGGGGCACCUCCAUUGCCAGGGCUCCCUGCGGGGCCAGGCCGGGCACCCUUUGGGGCGCUUUGGGUCCAGCCUGGCCCCACUGGGGGACGUGGAUGGGGAUGGGUGGCCCGAGGUGGCCGUGGGGGCCCCCAUGGAGGAGCUGGGGGGCGGAGCCGUCUACGUCUUCCGGGGGCACAGCAGUGGGGUGAGACAGGAGUACAGCCAGCGCAUCGCCGGCUCCUCCUUCCCCUCGUCCCCACACCACUUCGGGCAGGCGCUGAGCGGGGGGCGGGACCUGAGCGGGGACAACCUACCGGAUGUGGCCAUCGGGGCCCACGGCCAGGUCCUGCUCCUCAGGUCCCGCCCCCUCCUCAAGAUCAAGGUCCUGGUGACCUUCGAGCCCCCCCAGAUCCCGGUGUCCUCCUUGGGCUGCCAAGAGGAGGAGCAGCCCCAUAGGGAGGUGGCCAAGGCCAGGAUCUGCUUCCGGACCUCCAAGAAGACCCCGGAUAGAUUCGGAAGCCAAGUGGCCACCAGGCUGCGGUACCGGGCAGCCCUGGACCCCGGGAGGACCGUGGCCCGCGCCAUCUUUGUUGCCGGCGCCGACGUCCUCAAUGGGAGCAUCCAACUGGGGCUUGGCCAACAGUGCAGGACCUACCCCAUAGCCUUGGUGGGGUGUCCGAGGGACACGGUGACGCCGGUGCUGUUGAGGUUGGGCUAUGAGGCCAUUGGAGAACCCUUGGAGGUGGCCGGGGGGCUCCGGCCUGGCUUGAGUGGGGACACGGAGACGGUGGCCGAGGGCAAGCUCCCCUUCAACCUCAACUGCGGCCCUGACGACGUCUGCGUUGACGACCUCCAUCUCUCCCUCAACAUCUCAGGGCUGGAGAUGCUGGUUUUGGGGGUCAACGAUGGGGUGGACGUGGUCCUGACCCUGAGGAACCAUGGGGAGAGCUCUCCUGGGGCCAUGGUGGAGCUCCAGCACCAUCCUGCCCUGUCCUACCGCAGGGUUCUGGUGCUCCAGGCCUCCAGGAGCUCCAUGUCCCUGCGGUGCCAUUCGGAGCCGGCAUCGGAGCCCCUCCGCAGAACCUUCUGCAUCCUCAACCCCCCCCUCCUGCCCCAUGGAGCCCAGGUCGUGUUCGUCGUCACCUUGGAUGUGCCCCUUGAUGCCAAGCUGGGGCCGGUGCUGGAGGUGGUGGCCAAGGCCAGCAGUGACUCUUCGGCACCGGCGCCCCCCAAGCAACGCGUCCAAGUCCCAGUGAAGAUCGGGGUGUUCCUGAGCAUCAGCAGCUCCUCCACCAGCCCCACUUCAGGCCCAUUGAUUCACCACUACGAGGUGAAGUUAUGGGGCCAAAGGGGCCUCCCCAUCAACGUCACCUUCCUGGUACCCACGGCGCUGGGGAACACCCUGCUAUGGGGCAGGCUGAAGCUGACCCAUAACCAGGACCCGAGCCGGUGCCAAGAGGUCUCCGAGCACCCCCCAACAGACCCAGAUGGAACCCGAAGGCUGCAGCAGCGCCCCCUGGUGAACUGCACCGUGGCCUCGUGUAUGGAGUUCCGGUGCCAAAUGGGCCCCAUGGAGCCCCCCCAAGUGCUGCGGUUUGGGGUCGGGGGGGACCUCGCUAUGGGGUGGAUGAAGGAGCUGGGGCUCCCCAAGGCGCUGCUGCAGAGCUCGGCCCGGCUGGGCUUCGAUGUGGGGCAGUUCCAGAACGUGGGGGGGCAGCAGGAGCUGCAGCUCCAGACCGAGCUGGAGCACUUGGAGCCCCCCAACCUCCUGCCCCACAUCGUGGGGGGGUCCCUGGUGGGGCUCCUGCUCCUGGCGUUGCUCUCCGUGGGGCUCUACAAGAUCGGCUUCUUCCGGCGCCGCUACAAGGAGUUAAUGGAGACCCCCACGGGGGACCCCCAAUAGACCCCAUCUAUGGGGCAGCUAUGGGGCUGGGGGGGGGGGAGUGA